AUGAACAUUGCUGGUGCUCCUCAAUAUGGUCAACCAGCUUACGGUCAACAAUAUCCACAGGUAGGUGCUGCUCCAAUUGGUACUCCUAAUGCAGGCGGUGCUUACCCAGGUGCUGCUGGUGGGUACAAUUAUAAUGGUGUAACAUCUCCACAUGAUGCUACUGCUGCAACUAGACAAGCUUUACCUUUAAACCAACUAUAUCAAACAGAUUUAUUAAAAGAAUUACCACCUCCAAUCCAUGAUUUAACUUUACCACCACCACCUUUAGUCAUACCUGCUGAUACAUCAUUAAUUCCAAAUAAUCCAAAUGCAAAUACACCACCAGAUUUCAUUAGAUCUACUUUAAAUGCUAUUCCAACUACUCAUUCAUUACUGAAAAAAUCAAAAUUACCUUUAGCUGUUGUUCUAAGACCUUAUAUUUCAUUACAAGAUGAAACUAAUCCUGUUAAAUUAGUUAGUGACACUGUUAUUGCUCGUUGUCGUCGUUGUCGUACUUAUAUCAACCCAUUUGUCACUUUCACUGAACAAAAUAGAAGAUGGAGAUGUAAUUUAUGUUCUUUACAAAAUGAUGUUCCAAAAGCUUUUGAUGUUGAUGAUCAUACAGGUUUAAUUACAAAUAGAUAUGAAAGAAAUGAAUUGAAUCAUUCAGUUGUUGAAUUUAUUGCCCCACCUGAAUAUAUGGUUAGAGCUCCUCAACCAUUAUCUUAUGUUUUUGUUAUUGAUGUUUCAAUUGCUUCAGUUAAAUCUGGGUUAUUAGCUACUGUUGCUACAACAAUCUUGGAAACUUUAGAUAGAAUUCCAAACAGUGAUUCAAGAUCAAGAAUUGCAAUCAUUGGUGUUGAUUCCACAUUACAUUAUUUCAACAUUCCAGAAGAUUCCGAACAAGGUGAAUGUUCAUUAUUUGUUGUUCCUGAUCUAGAUGAACCAUUUGUUCCAUCACCAGAUUCCUUGUUAGUCAAUAUUAAAGCUGCAAGACAAAAUAUUGAAAAAUUAUUGAGUAAUUUACACAAUUUAUUUGCUGAUACUAUAAAUCCAAGCUUUGCCCUAGGUCCAGCUUUAAAAUCUGCACAUAACUUAACUCAAUCAAGUGGUGGUAAAGUUGUUGCAUUUGCUUCAACAUUACCAAACGUUGGUGUUGGUAAAUUAGUUCAAAGAGAUGAGGAAAGUGUUUCUGAUAAGCCAAAAGAAGCAUCUGCAUUAUUAUCAGCUAAUGAUUCAUUUUAUAAAUCAUUUGCAGUUGAUUGUAAUAAAUCACAAGUUAGUGUGGAGUUUUUCUUAACUUCAGGUACUUAUCAAGAUGUUGCCACUUUAUCUAAUCUACCAAGAUUUACUGCAGGUCAAACACAUUAUUAUCCAUCAUGGACUGCAAAUAAUAUUGAAGAUGUUACAAAAUUAUCAAAAGAAAUUUCAAAUACUUUAAGUUCAGAUAUUGCAUUAGAUGCUGUUUUAAGAACAAGAGGUUCAAGUGGAUUAAGAAUGAGUGCAUUUUAUGGUAAUUUCUUCAAUAGAUCAUCUGAUUUAUGUUCAUUCCCAACUUUCCCUAGAGAUCAAGGUUAUGUUAUUGAAAUUUCAAUUGAAGAAAACAUUACAAAACCUGUUGUUUAUUUACAAACUGCUGUUUUACAUACAACAAAUUUUGGUGAACGUAGAAUUAGAGUUAUAACAACUGCAAUUCCAACAACAUCAAACAUUUCAGAAGUUUAUGCCUCUGCUGAUCAAUUGGCUUUAACUAAUUAUUAUACUCAAAAAGCUGUGGAAAAAGUUUAUUCAUCUUCAUUAAAUGAUGCAAGAGAUUUAUUAUCUAAAUAUUUAUUAGAUUUGUUGAAUGUUUAUAAAAAAGAAGUUGUUGCAGGUAAUUUAGGUGGUGCAUCUCCAUUAAUGUUUUCAACUAACUUGAGAAUGUUACCAUUAUUAUUACAUUCUUUAUCCAAACAUAUUGGUUUGAGACCAGGUAAAGUUCCAUCAGAUCAUAGAGCUAAUGCAUUAAACUUGUUGGCUUCAUUACCUUUACCACAAUUGGUUAGAUAUAUUUAUCCAACUGUUUAUUCAUUACAUGAUAUUCCAGAUGAAGCAGGAUUACCAGAUUCAGAAACUAAUCAAAUUGUUUUACCAAAUGCUAUUAAUUCAGGUGCCGAACAUUUUGAAAGAUAUGGGUUAUAUUUAAUUAAUAACACUACUGAAUUAUUUUUAUGGAUUGGUGGUGAUGCAGUUCCAGAUUUAGUUAAUGAUGUUUUCGGUGUUCCAGAUAUUUUCCAAGUUCCAAUUGGUAAAUAUGAAUUACCAGUUUUGGAUAAUGAAUUUAAUGAAAAAGUUAGAAAUAUCAUUGCUAAAGUUAGAGAAGGUGAUGAUACAGUUUUAUAUCAAAACUUGUAUAUUGUUAGAGGAGGAUCUGCCAAUGAGCCAAUCAAUGCUGCUAAUGCUAGAGAAGUUUCAAGUCUACGUCUAUGGGCUGCAUCUCAAUUGGUUGAAGAUAGAAUCAAUAACCAACCAAGUUAUCGUGAAUUUUUAUCAGCAACUAAAGAUAAGUUGGCUCAAUAG